GGAGUGUCGACGCGUCCAAUUCUUCACUUACCCAAUGCUGUCAAUGAUUCAGCACAACUGUUCGAUACUACCACCAAUGAAACUCUCAUUGAGGCUAUCACAGCUAUUGAAAAGAAUAGGACGAACGUCACGAAUCUCAUCGAUCCCUCGAUAUUCAUAUCACUACGGCAGAAUGACUGGCGUGACAACCACCAAACUAAAAUGAUCAUCUGGUCGCUGGAAUCGCCACAUCAUCCAGAUUUCGGUAAAAAUUACCCUAAAGGACGGUCAAAACGCAUGAACGCCAGUUCGCAAGUGAUGUCCUUUCUGAUUUUGGGAUCUGUUAUUGGUUUCAUACUCUACACUUAUCUGGCACACGUGAUCACAACACGAAGGCUGGAUCGGGAACUUAAAGCCGCUCAAUUGCGGGAGCUCGUGCACAGAUCUGCGAUGAUUAUGGCCGGCUCCGCUCAACACAACCAGCUCAGCCUUGGCGAAAGACGUCAUUCUCUUAUCAAUAUGUUCAAGGGUUUCAAGCUA